UAUCCUACUAUAUUCUCUGGGUUGGUUCUUAGAAGGUAACAAUACAUGAAUAGAAAUAUUGAUGUGACACGUGUGCAAAAAAGUUUGCGUUGCAGAUCAAGUUGAAAUUUUAUGAACACGGACUGAGCGAUCGUUUAACGUUUCGGAGUUAAACCUUUUAACUCGUCAGCCUUAACGGAAUACAUUUUUAAAAUUUAUUUGGAACAUUCUGACAACAUUCAUGGAAAAUAACGACAAUCCCCAGGAAGCUGAUGCACAUUCCCCUUCAAGAAUGGAGGCACUGAUGAAAAAUUGUAAGCUUCAGAAAAAUAAAGAAGAAGUUAAGCAGAGACUUGUGCAAAGUGGAACGGAUUUCAUCUUGGUGUUCUGGAAAGUGCUGUCAGCCUUAGAGGAAAAUAUCCAAAGCAAUGCAGAUGUGUCUGUAGCGACUCUGAUGGCUUACAUGGCUGAGGUUCUUCACUGUAUAUUCUUCUUGGGGCACAUCCAUGAAAUGCCCAUUAAUCCCAAGACCUUCUUCCAGAACGACAGACUGUUUCAGAUAUUUAAGAGGCAGUUUCCAGAGCCUUUCGAGCACUACUCCACCCAUCUGCCAAAACGCACACCAUUCUCCAUCCUUCUUGAUAUGGUAUCAAAGGUGAAGGGUCACACAGAUCACAGAACUAUACUGAGCCAAGUGGAGGAGGUGAAGAAAAAAUUAACUGAGAAAAGCAAAGACAACCAAUUUGGAAAUAACUACAGCUUGACAGCCAGUGUCAUCUGCAUGUCCUACUUCUGCACACCAGAGAAAGGGUUUAAUUAUGGAGCGUCUCUUUCUUGCAGCGGUAAAGUAGAGACUAAGAUCAUGAUCGCACUCUCGUGCAUCAAAACGUGGAAUGAUGCAGUUGCACACGCCGUCUGUCACGCUAAGAAAGGGGGCUUCAUCAAAUUUCCUGACGGGGUGACAUGCCAGGCCUAUAUAUAUGAUCUAAAAUCAGGCUACAAUAUUGAGAAAGCCCCCUGCAAGAAGUGUCACGGGAUGUUCCGGAACGUGAACUUUCUGCCUCCACCAUCUGAAUGGCCAAAAGGGCAGGACUGGCAGUAUGGCAAUUGUGCUGAAACUGAAUCUCUCAGCCACCUCCUUAACACAGAGCAAAAUGUGAGGAAUGCAAUUAAGGCUUUUAAAACACACGAGGUAAUUAUAAACAGAGAAGAAAUCGUGCAGGAAGCAAAAAAGAACGUGACCCAGCUGCUGAAUUCGAGAAAGUUUAGAAUCCAAUUGGACGAUUUUAAAUUCUUUGCUGUGCAGAAUUGACUACAACACUUUCAGACCUAAAGCUCGUUUAAUAAACUUUUGUUGAACCAAACAAAGCUGGGAUUCUGCAGAGGCACCAUUACGGGACACUUUGGAAUUUCACUACAGGCCCUGCAUUCAGUAGUUCUGUCAAAUUCUAAUAACAACAUAUGGGGCCAAUGAAUAGAAAGGAUAGCAUGCUCGAUAGUCUGGUGUUAACUCUUCUGGCUAAAGAAAUGCAGCGCUGGCUUACGAACAUGUACGAGAAAUGAAUCAGGGAGCUCCUGCAAGGGUGAAGUUGAGGUGGAGGAGGAGCUAAAAAAGAUCAGAGUUGUGAUGGUACUGUAUGUACUAUAAUACAGUACGUAAGAGAGCAGAAGUGCAUUUAGCAUUAGACCAUCCCCCAAAGUUGUGUUAAAUAAUACAGCAUGUUACAAAAGAUAUAUUGGUGUGUUUGACUAAAUGCACUAGUAUGGUGUAUUUAGGUUUUUUACCUUUUUACUUUUGGAAGCAUGAUGUUAGAAAUAUUGGCUGCAUGCAGAAACCAAAAGAACUUGUUUUAAAAAAAGGAGCAGAAUAACCUUGAUUUUGUGGUGAGAAAAACUUUACUCACCAGCGGUUGGGACUGGAAAUCAGAUCCAAAUUCGUAUUUAUUCUGCACUAUAUUAACACUAUAUUUCCAUAGUGUUUACAUACAGUAUUUGCUUUACUUUGCAGGCUCUCUUAAAACCAAAUAUUUUAUAUCUAUUUAGAACUGUGUAACAUUUAGACUGCAAAAUAAAGCAUCUUUGUGUAAACAUUUUGAAAACCCACAAAAACAUAUCCUUUUGAAAUAGAAAAAUGUUAUUUUGAUUUGAUUGACAAAUCAGAAUAUUGCUGAAGACUCCAAAUCCCAUAAAAGUAAGAAGAAUGCUUUUACUAUUCUUUAUUUUGAACAUUUUUCUUUUUUUAAGGUUGUCCUUUCUAUACCAUAGAAGGUUUCUUUUCAUGUAUACUGUAUGUUUCACAUUUCACAUUUUUAAUGGCUGAUGUUAUGAAACAGUAACAGUCUUUCCUGAAAUAAAGAUAUUUAAUAUUCAUGGAUUUUCUUAUGUUUAUAUUGUGAAAACUGAUCAACUGGCAUUCAAUAAAGUAUUUUUUUAUCAAU